AUGAAUGUCCUUCACCAUAACUGAUGCCACUUCCAAGACUGUGGAACCCUCCUCCAAGUCCACCACCUUGUCCAAGUCCUCCUCCAUGUCCACCACCUUGUCCAAAUCCUCCUCCAUGUCCACCACCUUGUCCAAGUCCUCCUCCAUGUCCACCACCUUGUCCAAGUCCUCCUCUAUGUCCACCACCUUGUCCAAGUCCUCCUCCAUGUCCACCACCUUGUCCAAUUCCUCCUCCAAGUCCACCACCUUGUCCAAAUCCUCCUCCUAGUCCACCACCUUGUCCACUUCCCCCACUAUGUCCAAGUCCUCCUCCACUACCUUGUCCAAGUCCUCCUCCAUGUCCACCACCUUGUCCAAGUCCUCCUCCAUGUCCACCACCUUGUCCAAGUCCACCCCCAAGUCCACUUCCCCCACUAUGCCCGGCUCCUCCUCCAAGUCCACUUCCCCCACCAUGCCCAGCUGCUCCUCCAAGACCACUUCCUUGUCCAAGUCCGCCUCCACUUCCCCCACCAUGUCCGGCUCCUACUCCUAUCCCACCACUAUGCCCGCCUCCAAGUCCACCUCCACUUCCUUGUCCAAAUCCGCCACCACUUCCUCCACCAUGGCCAGCUCCUACUCCUAGCCCACCACUAUGCCCACCUCCAAGUCCACCUCCACUUCCUUGUCCAAGUCCGCCACCACUUCCUCCACCAUGCCCGGCUCCUACUCCUAGCCCACCACUAUGCCCGCCUCCAAGUCCACCUCCACUUCCUUGUCCAAGCCCGCCACCACUUCCUCCACCAUGCCCGGCUCCUACUCCUAGCAAACCACUAUGCCCGCCUCCAAGUCCACCUCCACUUCCUUGUCCAAGCCCGCCACCACUUCCUCCACCAUGCCCAGCUCCCACUCCUAGCCCACCAUUAUGCCCGCUUCCAAGUCCACCUCCACUUCCUUGUCCAAGUCCGCCUCCGCUUCCCCCACCAUCACUUUCUUAUCACAGUGAAAUCCUUUCACGUAAAAUCCCAUACUACUAA